CUCCGCGUCCUGCCGCCGCCGCCGCCUGCGAAGCUGCAGCCCCUUCCUCCGAGGCUCUGGCCGGGCGGCGCUGCCCUGCGUGGACAGGUGGGCGCCUGCCGGGCCUGACGGAGGAGCAGUCGGGCACGUGAAUGCCCACCUCCAAUUUGGCUCCGUGCCCGGCAGCGGCGGCGGCGGCGGCUGCAGCCCCGCGGUGGAGGCGGCCCCCGCGGUCUCCGCCCGGCUCCUGCGUACCGCCUCUGCUCUUUGCAUAGUAAUUUCAGUUCCUGCAAGCACCCAGCUCGCUCCCGGAACGGGUCUGAAAAGGACCGCGGCUCCAGAGCCCGCCGGAGACAUCCGUGUGGCGCCGAGAGCCGCCGCUUGGGAUAUGCGACGGGAAUUCCAGCCCCGCCACAGCGCAGGCAGUGACCCCGCCGCGCCGGGGAGAACCGGGCGAGAACAGAGUGCCGCCGCCUUGGCAGCUUCACUCCAAGAAGACGGUGCUGAGAAUAGUAGCCGUGGAAGCCAACAGAGGACACAGCGCCACCUCGACCCCAUGCUUGCUUUGGACAGGGUGCAUUUCCCUGUAGGAUGAUGUCCAUGUCUCGCAUUAAGACCCUGGAAGUUCAAGCGGUAAUUCAUGUCUCUAGAAUGCUUGAUCGAUCCCUCAGAUGAAUCAUACCUGACUGAGUCUUCGCUCUGAGCUAAUACUGCUUCCCAGAGAGAGCACUGCUCUGGGGAGAGCUCUGAGGUUUUCCUGAAGAAAAAUUCCAUGGGGACUGUACCUGACCCUUUGAGAUCGGCUAAAACUUCCUUGAUCACAGCUUCUGGAAAAGAAGAGGAUCUAGGAGAAGUGCAGCCUGCCUCACCUCGGCCUCAACCAGCCCUCCUCUGUAAGAGCACCAAUGGCCUUUCUGGCCCUCCUGAAGAGCCAGUCCUCAGCUCCAGGGCAGCUGCUGAGGCCCUGAUGCAGGCUUUCGAGCAUGAGACCACCCAGCCAGACAUGUCUUCUCCUGGUAUCUUCAAUGAGGUGGAAAAGGCGUCUCCUCCAUGCAACUCUCCUGGCAAUACCCAGCUGCCAGGAAGCAGCGAGCCCACAGCACCAGCUCCGUGUUCUGCAGCAGGAAAGGAUGUUCUAGACGAAGCAUUUACAAUGCCAGCCAAUCAGCACACCCAGCAGGGCAUCCCAGGUGACCAGCUCCAUGCCAGCCCCUCGGCAGGACCUGAGGAUACGCUGCUGAAAACACAGAGACCCUCAGAUGGGGAGCAUCCUGAAAAGUCAAGUUGUCCUGUGGGCAGCAGCCGGGGCAACAGCAAAGUUCAAGUGCCCUGUGAUUUCCCUUCUCGAGAAACAGUCCAGGGACUGAUGCAAACUGCAAAUACAGUGGCCAGGGAGUUGAGCCACACCUCCUCUCCUGUUGGCAGACCUGAAGGGGAAAGGCCGGGAGCCAUUCACGACUCCCAGACAAGGUCCUGUGAAUCUCCAGCAAGAGAAGACGCAUGUUCUGGGCACAAACAGCCCUUGGCCACCCCCUCGGACAGCCAGGCUGUGACUUCUCUACCACCCCACCUCACUAGCCAAGGGUCCACAUUUCCUCCAGAUCUGGGAAAGGGGCCGCUGCCCUCACAGCACCAGGUGUCAAGGUUCAAAGAAGCAAGUACAAUGACCAGCCACGCUGCAGGUGAGGUCGGGGAAGUUCCCAGCAGGGCUCGGCAAGAUGCCGAGGUGCAGGCGGUGGCGAGUGUCGAGAGUAGGUCGGUCUCCACCAGCCCCAGCAUCCUCACUGCGUUCUUAAAGGAGAUCCCCGUUCCUGAGCGUGUAGAGCCACAGGAGCGGCUGCGUGUCGUUUGCCGCGGCGGCGGCCAUGGGAGCCACACACUGGAGCUGUCUGACGACAUCCUAGCCCCCCCGGAGUCGAGCCAGUCCCCUGGCAUCAUGCCAGAGGUGCACAUCCAGGCAGCGGUUUCCACCGCUUGCCACGGGGAAUGUAAACAGGUGAGCCUACCAGGUGAGCGCCUGCAAAUCUCCUCGAUCACUGUGGCACCCGGGAAUGCUCUGGUUAUGUGUGAGGAAGACGGGAGGUCCGCAGGAAUGACGCCGAUGAGGGAGGAGCCCACCUCCAAACAGCUUCCAGGUGGGAAUUCUGGCGCCCGGAAGGCUAGCCCCACCGACCAGAUUUCCAUCCGCGCGGGAAGUCAAACUGAAACAGAUCGUGAUUUGGGGAAAUUUGAAACCAGGCCAUCUGAGUUUGCAGUGAAAACCACAGAUGGUCCCCAAACAAACCCAGAUUGCAAACUCUCUGACUCUUGCGGCCCUGCCAGCAAAGCCAACCAGCCCGGGAGCUGGGCUCCCGCGGACAAAGAAGAUGCAAAAGAGCAGCAGGCAGCAUCUCCGCACGCAGACAAACAACAGGAGUGUCGGGGCCCCGCUAGCCUCGAUGCCAGGGCCGGCGCAGAGGCCAAAACCCUGCUGCUCAAUCCUGCAUCUCAAGACAGUGGCGGCGCGUGGUCAGCUGCCAGUCCGACGCCGUCCCCGGUCAGGAAGAACCAGGAGGGUACCUUGGAAGAAAACCGGCAGACCAAGCCGGCCACCAGCCUGAGCCUGCCGUCUGAUUCCCUGGGUGACUCCAGUCCAGGUUCCGGCAAGCGGACCCCUUCUCGCCUGGUCAAAGCCAGCCCGCGCCGCGCCAGCCGCGUCAGUGAGUUCCUCAAGGAGCAGAAGUUAAAUGUGACGGCGGCGGCCGCGCAGGUGGGAUUCACCCCCGGAGACAAGAAAAAGCCGCUGGGCGCCGACUCCAAGCUCAAACAGUCCAAGCGCGUCAGGGACGUCGUGUGGGACGAGCAGGGCAUGACCUGGGAAGUGUAUGGCGCCUCCCUGGACCCGGAGUCCCUGGGUAUCGCAAUCCAGAACCAUCUACAAAGACAGAUCAGGGAACACGAGAAAUUAAUCAAAGCUCAAAGCGGCCAGACCCGGAGAUCCAUUUCCUCAGAUACUUCUUCCAAUAAAAAGCUCAAAGGAAGGCAGCACAGCGUCUUGCAGUCCAUGCUGCAGAACUUUCGACGCCCCAACUGCUGUGUCCGUCCUGCCCCUUCUUCUGUAUUAGAUUGAAAGGGAACGUGUGUAUGGGAGCCUUUGUGCACAGUUACGGCAUUCCCAAGUGUCUGUGUAUGCCAGAGCUCACUUAGUUAUUUUCCGGGAGACCAGGAGGAGAAAGCAAGUAUUAACUAUAGAAGUUGCUAUGAAGCAUUGUUGGGUCCUUUGGUUGGGGCUCAAUAAAUAUAAAUAUUUCAAUUUGAAAGAAAGAACAAGAGAAACUAAGAAAGCUUCACUGAAGUUUAAUGACCUUAACUAAGAGGAGAUAAUAUUCACUGGGUUUUUUUAUUCUGAUGUUGCUUCUGGAACUAGCAUUGUCAUUAAACAUGUGUCAUUUUGUAUUACUGCCUCAGUUUAUCACACUGUGGUGUUUCCAUUGAAAUCCCUGCUUAAUAUUAAAAAUAGCAAAAACACUACUAGCAAAAACACUGUUAGACUUUCUAGUCGUAUUGCAAUAAGAAUGCCAUGACCACAGAAAAUUUAAACAGAUGAUAAGAACUAAAAUGUAAAAAAUGUGAAACAAAUUUUGACUCACUCUUAGGCCAGAUGACGUUAAGUGAAAGUAUUUAAAUGCAUAAAAUACAAAACAUGAAUUAAUAUUUGUAAACAUCUGCAGAUAACUGUUUUGUAAAUCUUGUUAUACCGUUAAUAAAUGUAAGAAAGGUAUGUUAGGAAAAUUAGCUAAGCUUUUGAAUAUGAAUACUGCCCACAUAAAACAUGAAUUUAUAUAUACAGAUAUCCCCUGCACUGAAGGCAAGGGGCAUCUCUAUGAUUCUGACUAGAUUAAAUUCAUAUUUCUUUAGAGGAAGUACAUCGACCGAAACCGAGUUCUUAGGAGUCAUAGAAUUAUUAAUAAUACUAAAGUUUGUGUUGUACAGGUGUUCUCCAAAAACAUUCUACUGAAAGUGUUAAGGUUUCAGUAAGGAAUUAUAAAUAGCCAGUUUACCACUCUCUUUUCUGUGUUGAAAAAAAGAACUAACAAAAGCAAUAUAUUUAAUUUCGACUCCUGUAAACAGGAUGCAGUCUCUAUUUUUCUUUUGACUUGCUUGGUCAAUAGCUACUUGUUCAGUAGCUUCUAAUAGAAAUGUAGUCAACACCAAAUGGAACAGAAGCUUCCUCACAGUUUUUGUUAUGCAGACGAAUAUUAUCUAAUUGCUAAGUUUCUAAUCUGUAGUAAAAGGUAACCCGUGCGAACUUAACUGAUUUUAAGAGAAAUACCAUCAUAUUCCAUCCUUCAAAUCCAAUAACAGAGGCCUUUACUAAAACGUUGUUUGAGCUUCGGGCGGGCUAUAGUUUUUGAGAACGUUAAGUGUCUGUUUGAGCUCAGCCUGCACCUGUCCUCAGGAGCAUGUCCUUCAUACCAGUGAGUGUCUUGCAGGGCACUGGGCUGGGAUGACCGGCAGUGGCUUGAGAGCUGGGGGAGUGUGGAAGAGGGAAAUGAGAUAGGGUCCUGGAAAAGUUUCCCCUCCUAGAUUUAUUGUAGAGAUAUCGCUGGUCUCCACCUUGCAUUUAGAAAAUCAGAUUGUUCAAUGUGGGAGGGGUGUCGCUGGUUGCCUUGUCUGAACUCGUUCCCCUUGACGAGCCAGAAAAGAGUGUCUGGCCAUGGUAUUCUUUCUGGAGACUCACAAAUGCCAUUGGUGCAGGAAGCUCACACUCUCUGUUUUGGCCUUUUUUUUUUUUUAAUUCUCUUUUGCAGAUUCUGCAUAUCUAGGGAAGAAUCGUACCUGAACUUUAACACCACAUGCUAAACUGGGCACAACCCAAAUUAGUAUAUAGCCAUUGGUUUCUUUCAAAGCAAUUGGAGUGUGUAUGAAGACUGCCUAAAUAGACUCCAGUCACAGCGCUCCCAGAGCCUAAGAAUGGUAAAAUUACAGUUGUUAUUCUUGGAACUUAACAAUGAGUUUUUUAAUGAGGUGCAUUUUUCUGUUUCUUACCAAUUGGCCUCUUUUAAGAACACUCCCUGAGGUAGAAUUUGCCGUCAAAUUAUUAUUAAUGGUUAGAGAUUUAGUCUAAAACUCUCUCUCUUGGUCCUGAGUACCCAUUCGUAGUAGUGUUCGUGUGGCUUUCGUUGGAGCUGCCUCGGCCAGGGUGUAAUCUCACUCCCCCCACCCCUUCCUCCCUGCCUGUCUCCCUCCCACGUUGGCAUACGUGCUGUGUAUCCGCAGAGAACACCCUGUGUACACAGCAGCAGCUGUCGGCAGUACCCGCUCCAGAUGGGUGGGCCCCAGGUAAUCCUCUGCAGGGAAGUGGCUAGAACAGGCUGUUCCCACAUUAAAAUCGGAGAAAAAGAAGAAUUUAGCAUCUGGUAAUAAUAUGUAUUUUCGUGAGUUUGGAGUAAGCACGUGAAUUAUAAAUAGCUAAAGUUAAAUUAUAAAUUUGUAAUUCUAAAUUUAUAAAUUAUAAAAUUUAUGAAUUAUAAAUAGUACAAGUUAAAAAUGAAGCAGAGACCUGAAAGAGUUGUCGGCAUGUGUCGCACAUGAAACAAACCAAUUAAGAAAAUUACAUUGAAUUACUUAAAACUAAAUUUAGCGUUGCGGUUGUGCCUCUCAAAGUUAAGUCCUCAUGUUUGAUGGAGUACCUUUAACUAGUUGUCUUUGGUGCUGGAACUAGGCUUUCCUCCUUAACAAUUGUUUAACUCUUCAUGCUUACUUCUCCCACACUCCAGAGAUUGUCACAAAACAGUACAAAACCUUUCUUGUUUGGUUGUUUAUUGACUCUUAAGGAAGGAAGAGCUUUUCAAAACAGUAAUGAAAUAGACCAUCCAGUGGCGAAAUAAGGAACCUAUUGAAGCCAGCCAUGCUUUUGCUGUAUGGAUACCCUAGGUACUUACCGCAUAAAACCUUGACUUGAAGAUUUUCCUUCCCUUCGGUCUGUGACACAGCACUGACGUUCAGUACGUCGGUCGUGACUCCCUAGGUUCCUUCAACAAAUGAAAGUGCCAAACAGUUUCGUGGCAGAUUCCUGGAGCUUGCUUGGCUCUAUCUUAGCUUACCCGUAUGACACAGAGCAGGUUGAAGGUUGGUUUUGUCCUUAAUUUCUUUUAAAUGUUUUGCUCCUCCUAAAUGCUUUUUAGUCAUUGCAAUAUAUGGAGGAGGUAUCUUAUUGGGUAAAUAAAUAUAAAAUAUUUCUUAAGCCAGUAGUAAAAGAGAGAUGAAUUAGAACACAAUGUUUGCAAGAUGAGACAUUUAAAAUGUUAAGACAUUAUACGUCAUACCUAGUGAAUACUAGAAUUUAAAUAUUGAUUUUUUUUUUCUUUUUUAAUGACCACAAGGAAAAUGUCAUUGCUUCAGCUGUCAUAUGUUUAUCUUCAGUGCUUUCCUAAUUAUCUCUUUCUGGAUUAUUGGCUUUGAUGCCACAGACCAACUCUUUUACAUACAGUAAAAUCCUCAUUUAUGUUUGUGUUUUGGACCACUGGCAUAAGUUGAAUAUUUUGUUAGGUCAAAGAAACUUUUUGUUUGCAUCCAAAAUGAAGUAUUUAUAAAAUAUAUUAGUAUGUUUUCCUACCUUGACAAGUUCAGCUAUAUUGAAUAUAAUUUGAUUUUUGAUGAUUUUUUAAUCUUUAGACUAAUCUGAUAAUUGUUAUUUUGGAUACCAGUAUUCUUCAUCUUAUUGCUUACAUAUCAAAAGUUAAAUAAACUGUAGUGAAUAUGCAUGUGUAACAUAUACGCUAGAGACUGAAUUUUGGAACCAGAUGCUUGGUAGGAGCUUGCCAUUUUAAAGUAGAAAACAGAAGAAGAAGAUGACUUUGGGUUGCAUCCGAGAGUAUUGAGGUUUUAUUGUUCCUAGCUUAUUCCAAUGUUUUCCCUCUCAUUUCUAGGAGUUCCCAUCAUUCUGGGAGUACCUGUAUAUACCACAUGAAGAAUAUAAUAUGUGACUUUAAAAUUUGUUUACAGAGGAUAUAUAUGAGUAUGCUGUUAAUGUAAAUUGUUUGGCCUUUGCUGUAUUCACUGUUACUGUUUUGCUGCCAAAAUGUGAAAAAUUAUCUUCUAUUCCUCCUACAUAUUGUGCAGGUGUUAAAAAAUUUGUCCAUUUCUAGUACGAUAUAAUUCAUCACAUCCCUUGUCUACUUUUUAAGAAUCAGUAUAAAGAAAAACAAUACCUUAGGAUAAAGUUUGCAUAUAUGUAUAUGUGUUUUUACUGAAAAUUGGGCCCCUGCAGCCUUGUGUAGGCCUCUACCUGUCUGAUUGACUCCUCAUCUACAAUGCUGCCAUGGAGAUGAUGCUGUUUACUCUCUCCUGCUUUGUCCUAAGUGGUAUUUGAGAAAUGAGGCCUGUGAAUUUCCCUCUGUGAUAAUAACACAGUGAACUCAGCAGUAUCUUGGAUAAAUGAGCUAACCAUCUUGUCCCCACCCCUGUUUUGUCUACACAGUGAAUCAGAAGUCUUGUCCAUGUCUGCUUCAGUGUUUGCUAUUUUAUAUUGAUAUCUGAGCAUUUUGUUUUCUGUUAGCAACGUUCUUUGAUGCCAUGUGUAGCCCUUUUGGUUGAAUCUCUCCAAAUGUGGGUCAGCUGCUGCCACCUGGCACGUAACAGGUGAUAUGCUGAAUCUCAUGUCCAUUCUUGUAACUAUAUCCUUCAUGAAAUUUUGCAACUGGCUGAGUAAUUAUAAACAUCAUUCGUGCAGACACAUGGGCUUAAGGAUGUCUACAAAAUUUUAGACAUUUUUGCAAAAGGGGAAAAAUUAGUCUUGUAAAUACUGAGACAUUUCCAUGAACUUUAUCCUACUCUUGGAGAAAAAAAAAAUUCUCCUUGGCUACAGAAAUCAGAUAAACUUGAUUUGUGAUGACCAAGGACAUAAAUGAAGACGGAUUGAGGUGGAGAAAUUCUGUCUCACAAGUAAUUAGUGACAUCUGCCAGAGGUCAUUACAGCUACUUUUAACUGUGAACACUCACCAGCUAACCUACUCACUUGCCACAACCAAAUAACCUCUCUCAAAGUAAAUCCAAUACAUCUGUAUAUACGUGUAGAUAGAAAAAACAAAAAAUCCUGAAAAAUUACUGUCGACUAUCAGUUAAAUCAAGGUGAUGAUAAUUCUAAAGAACAUUUAAAUCACCACGGGCCUUGGUGAAAUGACCUUGGAGUCCAGAAUGGUGCAACAAGAUGUUAUUCACAAGUUUGGUAUUUUUUUUAAAGACCCAGAUAUCUCAGAUACUCAUCAUGAGAAUAAAGACUGUUGAAAAUGAAAUUAAAGCCAAGCAAUAAUGUGCCAAAAAGAGGCAGUUAUACCAGCAAGUGCGUCUAUGUGGGCACACCGUUCUAUAAUAUGGUUUGCUCCAUGAGGACUGACUGUAACCCACAGGAUAAACUAAGCAAAGGCAUAGUUUCUGCUUUCUUGCUAGAAAAAACUUGUUUAGGAGCUCCAUAAACAGGUGCGGCACUGGUGAGCAUUAGCAGGGAUAUGGUUGACAUCUCUGUCUUAAUUCUAGCCAAGACAGAAAAGGAGUCAGAAGUCUUGCUAGCUUAGAAUUCAAGACAGCUCCAACCUGAAACUUUGUUGAAACGGAGGGGUUAGACAUAGAGUAAUUACUCUUCCUGGACACUUGGUGUAGAAAAGCAAUUCAGUUAACUCUGCCCAGAGGAUUACCAGCCUUAGCUAUGGAAAAAUGGGUUCCAAAUGUAAAGUAACUAAAACAUGGGUACUCGUUUCAAAAGGGGCCUCAAAUAAUGCCUUACAGAAAAUGAUAUUCCAGAUGGGCGUUUCUAAGUACUAUUCUACAUUGAGUCUUUUUUCAGUUCGAGCUCAGAAUCGAUUGGCUGCAAAACAGUAGGAAUAAGUCACAUAUUUUACACUUCAGAAAAAGAUUCUGAUGACCAACCAGCAUGAUAAUAAUUACGAUGAGAAAUACCCUACUGAUUUAAGUGUGUUAAGGAGAAACGAAUGGGAGAGAAAUGCUAACUUCCUUGCUCUCUUAUGAUAUAGGUAUGUCAUCCAUAUAUUUGCAGGGUGAAAAUUAUAGCUUGCUUUUUGACAUUGUGGCUAGCAUUACUCUUUGUUACUUUAAAAAAUUAAAUUGUCUAUUCUUUAACAAAACUUUUAAGCAGAUAAACAAUUUUUUUCUCAUUCAUAUCAUUGCUUUAAUAUCAUGUAAAGACUAUGUAUAGAGCAAACUAUGUUGAAUGGGUAGAAGGGGCAUACCUAGGUUUAUGGGGAUCUCUUAAUGAUUUUAGUUGAGAUUCCUUAGCAUUUAUUUUAGGCCACAUCUUUGAGUAAAUUAUUUUUCAUAAUGUUUUUCCAUCACAUCUUAAAAUGAUGUUGGUAAAUCAGACGAUUACAGUAUUAUGGUCACGCUCCUCCAUCCCUAGAGGAGAGGAGAGACUAAUUUUUGUUUUAACGACAUCUAGAGAUAGCUUUUCCUGGAGCUGAGAAAGGUCAACAGGGCCUGAAAACUCAAGAAAGAAAUAUACUAAUAAUUACUAAAUUUCUAAAUGUAUUUAUCUCUGCUGUAUUAACGUGUGAACAAUAUGUCGUGCAUAAUACUGUAGCUGGUCGUGGUAUGUCAAUACAUUUUGUAAGUGUGUACAGUCUGUGAGUGGUUGGUUCUCUCUUUAUGUGUAGAAAAAAAAAUCACAUGCUGUGUCCCAUUUCAAAACCCAGUUCUGCCAUCAAGUAGGCACACGUACAAAAAUGAAUAAAGCCAACGGAAGUGUGCAUAUGUAUUCAGUAACAGAAUCUGUCCUUUCAUUUUUGAAGGUCAGAAAGGGCUGUUUUGGGUUUUUUUUUAAUCAUCUCUGAGAGUCGAUAGCGUAAUUAUCUCAAAGGCUGAAUACGUUGGCAGUACAUUGGCAUGUUGCUAAAUAUGCCAGGUUAAUGAACCAUGCCAUUCGUCACAGGUAAGGUCAGUUCUUUGACCACCAGGAUGAUUUACAUUCCGCACACAUCCUCUCCGUGUUAAGUGUGUGACUAGGAUGUACAUACUAUGGGUGUGAUUGUGUACAUACCUUGUAUGAAUUAUCUAAAUCCUCAGAGUCAUAAGAAAGAAGGAAAAAGAAAAAGUUGUUCAAAAGCCUCAAAAGGGCUAAUCAAUGAGUAUUUUCAUUUUCUACACAUAAAAAUGUAUACAUGGCAUAACUGUAAAUAGCUUACUCAUAUAUAUAUAUAUACAUGCACACACAAAUGCAUUUUAUUCAUACUGUUAAUAUUUAAAUAAAUCACAAAUUAAAACAACUAAUUGAAAACUGCAUCUUUCCAUGACUGUUCUGUUUUACAUACAUUAAUAUUGAAUCAAAUACCCCCCAUUAAAUGGUGUUAUACUCCCCGGUAGCAGAUUUGGUGCUUAGGAAAGCCCAGCCUCAUUAUGAAAAUCUAGUUAGUGUCUUACUCAGGCAUAGACCGGCACCUGAGCAGCUGCAAAGGUUUAAUGCUAUUGUUUAAGCACCUAAUUUUAUAUCUGGUAAUAACCAACACUGGGGAAAAUCAAUUAUGUUUCGUAGGCUCCAUUUAUACAUUGAUUAGUGUAUUUAUUUGCACAAGCUGGUAAAAGCCCUACUUUUUUUUAGAAAACUAUCCCUAGAUUUCAGAACAGUGUAUAAUCACUUGAAGUGGAAAAUGACAGUAGUCAUUCUCUUGAGAUCGGCAAAAUAAUGUUUAGCAACACCAAAGAGAAGUCAGAGUAAAAUUUUUUCAAAAAACUACAGAUGAUGUUGGUAGGAUAAUAGAAUAUGAAUAUUCGGGAGUUCCUUAAAUGGACCCAAAUAAAUUACUAUUAUGGAUAACAGGUAAUACUGUGUGGACUAGAUAAGAUGAGAGACAUUAGCCAGCAAACGUCAACACUGGAAAACAUUUGUCAAUUUAUCACAAUUCCAAUUGGCGAACUGAUGUUGUUUGAGUUUCUCUCACUUGUUCUAAAAAGAAAUACUCUAUUAGAGAUCAAAAAGUCUGAUCUGGCUCCUAAAAUCUAAUAAAAUUUGAUCCUGAUUCCCUGACACUAAAAAUUAUGUUGGCUGGGUAUUAGGUUGAAGAUAUAAAUGGAAAUAUGAGAGUUGCCAUUAAUAGAGAAUUCUGUGUGGCAAAGUGCAAAUAUAACCACUUCUCAGUAGAAAAUUAAUGAUAUGUAAUACAAACUUACAUUUUAGAGAAUGAAUGUGCCAUCUUUAUAUCUUAGAUAAAAAUAAAAGGUUAACCAAUAAUAGCACUACAAUUGUAACUAUAGCUGGCUAUGUUUUUUAACUGCUAAAAACAUACUGGUUUAUAAGAGCAGGCUACCUGAAAUCUUGAUGUUUGUCAAUAUUUACUAUUGCUUAAAAGAUAAAUUCACGUAGUUAUUUUGGAAGAUGUGUAUUAAUUUAAAUGCCACCCAGAAAAACUAUAGCUGUCAAUGUGAAAAUCAUUUAUGUGUGUAAAUGCUUAGCUGAGAAAGACCAAAAGUAUAGUGUAAUGUUAAGUCUCUGAAGAAACAGUAAUAUUCAAAAUGUAUUCCAUUUAUGAAUGUAUCAAUAUUAGAAUCUAAAUGUAUGUCUUUUCAUGAAGUCUAUAUAUGAAAGUCAUAAAAUGGUUUAUUCAAGAAAGCCCCCAUCCUCCAGAAAUUGACCUACAAAUAAAAUUUCAUUUCUGAAAAAAAGAUGGAAUGUUAAGAUUUAUAUAAGGAUAGAUCAAGAUUUUGGAAUUAUAUACACUUCUGCUCUUACUUGGAUUUGAUUUUUGAAUAAAUGAAGGGAGGAAAUUCAAUGGAUGACUUAGUUUUACCCUCAAAAAAUUUUAAGUAUGAUUUUUUUUGCAUUUCAUUUUCCAUAAUAAACAUACUAUAGAUUAAAU